CCAGGUCUCAUCAUGCUUUGCGACCUUGGACUAAAGCUCGUCGUAGCCCUUGGAGCUCUCAGUUUCCUCCAGAGCGUCUCCGGGACUCAGAAUGCGACUCUCGAGACUAGAGCACCCACAGGAUCGAACGUUGUAAUCAUACAGAUGUUUGAAUGGACCUGGGACUCUAUUGCUGCUGAAUGCAGUGACUUUAUCGGUCCUGCUGGUUAUGGUUUUGUACAAGUGAGCCCUGCUCAGGAGCAUAUCACCGGCACACAAUGGUGGACGGAUUACCAGCCGGUGUCUUACACCUUAACCUCCAAGCGCGGCAAUCGCGCUCAAUACCAGAACAUGGUCAAUACUUGUCAUGCAGCAGGUGUAAGGGUUAUCGCAGACACAAUCUUCAACCAUAUGACCGGAAUCGAUUCAGGUACUGGCACUGCGGGAAGUUCUUUCACGCAUUAUAACUAUCCGGGUAUCUACCAAAUACAGGACUUCCACAUGUGUGGAUCCCCUGGUAACGAUAUCGACGACUUCAACAACGAAGAACAGGUCUGGGACUGUGAGCUCGUUAACUUGGCGGAUCUUGCCACCGAGACAACCUACGUGCGAGGUCGAUUGGCGGAAUAUGCCAAUGAUUUGAUCAGCCUUGGUGUCGAUGGUCUUCGUCUGGAUGCAGCCAAAGAUAUCCCCCCUCAAGAUAUCGCAGCUAUCUUGGCACAGUUCACUAAGACUGUAUAUAUCACUCAGGAGGCGAGACCCAUUUUCGUUAUUUUCGGUGAUGGCCAACCAGUCACUCCCGCUCUGUAUACAGGAAAUGGAGACGUUAUGGAGUUCCGUUACACUACCGCCCUUCAGAGUGCAUUCCUGGGCGGAGGCAUUUCUUCGCUUCAGGACCUCGACAAUCGAGGCUGGGUCGCAGGUACGGGAGCCAACGUUUUUGUCGCGGACCACGACACUGAGAGGAACGGUGGAUCACUGAAUGCCAACUCGCCUUCAAACACGUAUACAUUGGCCCAUGUAUUCUCUCUUGCACACCCAUACGGCACGCCCACCGUCCUUUCGAGUUACACUGGGUUCACGAACACCGACCUGGGUGCGCCCAAUGGUGGUACCGGGACAUGUUCAGGAAACACAGGGACUAACGGCUGGUUAUGUCAACAUCGUUGGACGCCGAUUGCUGGCAUGGUUGGGUUCCGUAACAAUGUCGGCUCGGCCGCUAUAACGAACUUUGUGGCGCCCAGCUCCCAGCAGAUCGCCUUCGGUAGAGGUGCUCUUGGAUUUGUUGCUAUCAACAACAUCGACUCCGCUUGGACGACCACUUUCCAGACUUCUUUACCCGCUGGAAACUACUGCGACGUUACGACUGGGACAGCGUCUAAUGGGGCCUGCAGCGGCGUCUCGGUCACCGUCUCGUCUACGGGCACCUUCAGUGCGACCGUCCCUGCUCGUUCAGCACUUGGUAUCCACACCGGCGCACUGGGGACAGGUUCAAGUUCGGGUGGCGGUGGCGGCACGACGCCACCUGCCUCUGGCACCGUCUCCGUCUUGUUCUCCGAAAUUGCUCAGACGACAUUUGGAGAGAAUGUUUUCGUCGUUGGGAGCAUUUCUCAAUUGGGGACUUGGGACCCUGCCAGCUCUAUCCCGCUCUCUUCUGCUAACUUCCCGGACUGGGAGGUCACUGUCUCUCUGCCUGCCAAUACUGCAUUCCAGUAUAAGUAUAUCCGCAAGGAGACUGACGGGAGUGUCGUAUGGGAGUCUGACCCCAAUCGUAGUGCGACAACCCCGAGCUCUGGGUCGUUGACUCUCGAUGAUACCUGGAGAUAAACUAAGAGCACGGAGGAGUUCUGAGAUAAUAGCUGGUGGGACAGUCGUAGUUGUGUUCGAAGUUGUUGUGUAUACCCGCUUUUCCUUGAUGUC